UUUCUCUCUCUCUCUCUCUCGCUCUCUUUCUUUCUCUCUCUCUCUAAUCGACCACCACUACCUAACGGCGUCACACUUCCCUCGUUCCCGCUCUCGUGCUCCUGUUUCAGCCUCCUUCGACGUGCGACGUGUGCGAUGAGUGUGGACCUCCUCCUCCCCCUCUCCUUGUUGCUCCGCUCUAUUUUACAUAGCACAUGCAACCUUGCAACCCGCCCUCUCCGCCUCCUCUGGCUGUCCCGCUUUUUUCUCUCCUCUUGUCCUCGUGAGUACCGAUAAGCGACGAGCGGUAGACCACCCGUCGUCACGUCCCCGCAUCCGGGGCGGAUUGCGUUUGGUGUGGAUGUCAUUAAGCUCGUUAGCGCCUGGCCAGGAAUCUCGAUGCGAAAUGCGCGUUUCGCAGUCUUGUCGACAGUCCCGAGGAACGUUGACGCUCUGUCGCCGCGGGAUAAACAGUUUAAUCGUCUUCCGGAUGAUUAACGCCGCGCAAUUCGCUUGAGAAAUUUCGCCGAGCUAUUUCGCCGAUAAGCGUCAUUUAACUCAUUAGUUCUCGGGGCUCUCGAUACGUCGAUUGUGAAAUGCGCAUUUCAUGUCGUCGAUAGAUUCGCGGUUAAAAGAAAUGUCAGUUUUGCCGCUUCCGGAUGAGCGAUCGAUUAUUCCUCCGGAAAGCUAACGCCGCGAGAGUUGCUUGAGAAAUCCUUCGAAAUAGUCGCAACCGUCACGAAUUGCCAGAUGAUAGAGUUUUAUUACGUUACGUGUUGAUGUAUCCGAAAGCUGGCAAACAGAAAUUGAUUGUCCAAUCAGUAAAUUUACUUUGAGAUAAAGCCUGCAUGUUGACGUGUAUCAUAUCUUUUAUUACCACGAUUGUAAUUGUAUAUGUAUCGAGUUACAACGUGCAAUGUGUUCCAUGGGGGAUUUGCGAUUGUAUUUUUGGUUAAAGGCUCAGGUGGACGAUAUGCACUUAAACGGAUGUAUGUCAACAAUGAACAUGAUCUCAAUGUGUGCAAGAGGGAAAUACAAAUUGCUAGCAACCUGAGUGGUCAUAAAAACAUCAUAGGAUAUGUAGAUAGUAGCAUAACUCACACAACUGGUGGAAUACAUGAACUUCUGCUUUUAAUGCCUUACUGUAAAUCCCAAGUUCUACAAAUGAUGAAUAACAGGUUGCAAACAGGUUUCAAUGAAUCAGAAGUACUACAAAUUUUUUGUGACGUUUGUGAAGCUGUAUCGAGAUUACAUCACUGUCAAACUCCCAUAAUUCAUAGAGAUCUCAAGGUGGAAAAUAUACUGCUUGCUGACAACGGUCAUUACGUUCUGUGUGAUUUUGGGUCGGCGACGGGAAAAGUUCUCAAUCCUAGCGUCCACGGUGCCGCGGUGGUCGAAGAGGAGAUAAAAAAAUAUACCACUUUAAGCUACAGAGCACCUGAAAUGGUCGACAUGUAUUGUGGAAAACCUAUUACCACGAAAGCAGAUGUUUGGGCUUUAGGAUGUCUGUUAUAUAAACUCUGCUUUUUUACACUACCAUUUGGCGAAAGCACGCUUGCUAUACAAUCUGGAAAUUUCACUAUACCCGAUAAUUCAAGAUAUAGUAAAGCUCUCCAUUGUUUAAUUCGGUAUAUGCUCGAACCAGAUCCUGACAUACGUCCUGACAUUUAUCAAGUUUCCGCAAUCGCUUUUCAAAUUCAAGGCAAAGAGUGCCCUGUACAAAAUUUACAUAAAGUUCCAACUCCAACAAUAGAAUCAUUACAAUGCCCUCCCAUGGAAUCCGAGAAUAUUAAAAGAGCAGCGUCUGUUAAAACACCGAAACCUACGCCUAUAGCAACGACGGUUGAGGGCACGUCCGUGACACCGCGACAAAGACCGAAAGGACAGGCUGUCAGUACAGGACCAAUCAGUUUAAGUGGUCAAAUCGUGGGACAAAUAUCAGGCCAAGGAAAUCAGACCCAAACUACGCCGGCAAAUUCUUACGUUCAAGUAAGGCUAACAAAUCGAAAGCACACACGAUAUUUGAAAUAUACACGAAGUUUAUUAGAUAUUUUCGACAAACAUUUAAUCAAUGUAAUUAUUUUGUUCUAUCAGGUAUCACCACACGUUUGCACUCCCAGUCAAAGUGUUCCUUUCGGUCAGUCGCAAGGACAACCGUCGCAGUACGGUCAAUCACAAAGCCCAAUGAUCAGUCACUCCCCUCUGACUCAACAGUCACCCGUCACUGUUCAAGAUAAAAAUGCAUUUUAUUUCGAUUCGAGGCAGCAUGAUGCUACGAAAUCUGCGACGAACGUAAAUGAAAAGAAUUUGGAAGCGCUAUUUCCGUCGUCAGGAUAUCCGGAUCCGUUCAAAGAUGACACGAAGACAAUGCCACCACCUGCCAAGAUACCACCUCCCGUUGCUCCUAAACCUGGCAAAAUUCUUCCAAAACUGUCCAAUCCUAGUUACCCGUCGUCAUCUAAAUAUCCGCCAGUUACUUCGUUACCGUCAAAAUUGUCUCUUCCGACGGGGCCUAACAAAGCGACUCCGCUGACGGUAACGCCGCUAACUUUGCCAAAACCAGUUAAUAAAACAGAGAGUUUGAGUCAAAAUAUAAGUUCGAGCACAUCUCCACCUGACAGUCCAACAUUGUCCUCACGUCAUAGAAGGAACGUCAGUGACACAAGUGCUUUUAAUAAAGCAUUCGCAACUGAAACUACUCAAUUCUUAGCGCCAUAUGAGGCUUCGGUCAAGCCGCGUGCCGAUGAUACGACUACGCCACCAGAACUUCCAAAUGAUACAAGGCCUUGUAUAGCAACUAGUGCCUCGCAUGUACGUGUUGGCGAACUUUCAAAUCUAAUGGGAUCGGAAGGGAGAUCGUUGAGCGCGGAUGUAGCGGCAUGGAAUCCGUUUGAGGAUGUACAACCUUUCAAUCAGUUAACGGAAGAUCAUAUCUUCGGUGCUGAAUUCGACAAGAUAAGAAGAGGAAGCAAUACCAGUAUCAGUGGGGUGAAAAGUCGCGAAAGCCUUGUUAUGACGUAUACAGAAUUACCAGAAGAUCCCUUUGAAUCUGCACCCUUUAGCCUGCCAACAGGGAAGAAGAGUAAAAUCGGGUCAAAGACUGCUGCUAUUGCUGGAGGGAAGUCGAUAAACGGUAAGACGAGGGUACCUCUGGCGCAGUGGAAUUCCGGGGUCGAGCACAAUGGUGGUGGCGUGGACGACGAGGCGUCCCUGAUUACAGAAUCUAGCCCGGUUUCACCGCCGUUCGUUCGCGCGCCGGCAGAGGACCGUUCCAAGUAUGAGAAAUUGGCAUUCAACGCCGACGAAGUGUCGAGUGACAGCGACAAGGGCACCAAGGAGGCAAAGGAACGGGCGAGAAAGGUAAAGAGGCGACGUGUGAAAAAUGUGCUGAGUCGUAGGAGGAGAGUAGCUGCCCAGCAUGAUAACGCGGACAACGCGGCGAACGCGGAUUAUGAGUCGGAUGACUCGAUCGGUUCAGCCAGCGAUCUGCGCGCGAUGAAUGACGAGGAGGGCAAUGAUGGUGAGGCGAACGACGAUGAUGACGACGACGAGGACGGCAACGCGCGCGGCAAGCAUGACGAGACCAUCUCCGAGAGCGUGCGCACAUGUGGUAGUUCCGCGUAUCACGCGGAAUGUGAGUCCGUUGCGACGCAUGAGGAUGAUUAUAGAAUGAAGAGGCCGAGAAAACACCACUAUCGGCAGCAAGAGCAACAACUGCCGACGAUCGAUGCGGACCCAAUCGUCGGCCACCAGUACGGUGAAAAGCCAUUGUUGCUGGAUGAUGAGCUGGAUCCUGAAUCCAAACCGGAACAGUCACAUGGCGAUCCCUUUGUGCGACAUCAGUACGGCUCGAAGCCGUUACUGUUCAACAAUGGCGACAGCUCGUCCGACAACGAUAACGACAAGUCCAAGUCACUCAACAACGGGAUCUGGAAGGUGGAGGACGAUGUGUUCGCUCUGGCUCCCUUCCCCAGAUCCAGCAGUUCGCGAAAGAGCAGCGACAGUCGCGAGAGCGAGCCCAAAAACGUCGAUCUGGGCGGUAGUACGAGAAACUCGCCUCACAACUCGAAUCUAGUAACGCCGAUUUCCUGUUCACCCAUACCGGCGGAAGUAUUCACGGAUUUGGUGGAGAGUAAACUCUCAUCUCUGCCGACCAAGUCUGUCACUCUACCCUGUAAAUACCCCAAAAAUGUCGUAAUCGCAAACAACAAAACUAUCUAUGAGGAACCAGCGUCGUUCCAUCAGCCGAAUCUCAUUCAAACGUCAUCGCCGGUCAAGAGCAGCCCUCAUGUCAGUAUCGCCGAAGAGGAGGAGAAUAUUGAGAAGGACCUCUUUGGUUCUUCCCCGUUCAGCCCGAGUGGAUUCACCAAUCCCUUUAACAACGCUCAGUCAAAUUUUUCGAGCAUUGACUCCGCGUCGACACAGCCCAUGUCGAUUCUGAGUCCUUCGGUGGGUCCUUCCUCAUACGUCGAUUACACCAACUGCGUUCCAUUGCAAUCUCACAACACGGCGGUUACACCAAACAAUUAUUAUACUAGUCACUCGAGCACAAUCGCAUCCACGUCGAAAUACGGCAUGGUGACGGUAAAUUCUGAACCAGUGGUCAGCGUAGAACCGUCUAAAGAUCUCUUUGGGUCAAUCCCGUUCGAAGAGUUUACCUCGUUGAAGCUCAACGAGCAACAGCAACAGCAACAACGUCCGACGUCUCUAUCGCUGUCGCAAUCUCUGUCGCAGUCGCAGUCGCCAAAUUACGUGGAAAAUGUCGUGCUAACGACGACGUUACCAAUCAAUAACAUCGUGCAAUCUCCGAAAAAUAGUGUUGUUCAUCUGACACCUACACCAUCAUCGCAGUCGCAACCGUCGUCCGCCUACACGAUCCAAACGACCACGCAUACCGCUAGGAUCACCGUGCACGCAGUUAACAGUGUUUCCAAGGUGGACAUCACGCCUGACAUGAUGUCACCUUUAUCUCCCGAGCCUCUAGUCGUCGUGGACGAUGAUACGCCGAAACACAACAAGAAGGAUAAGUCCAAAUAUCACUUGAUUAAUGAGAACCACGGCGAUGUGUCGCCAACAUACAAGACGCCCCACAAGAUCAAAUCGACGAGUCACAAGAAGACGCCGAAGAGUAAGAAGAACACAACAGCGCCCACAGGUUUCAGCAACAUGAGUUUCGAGGACUUUCCCAGCGACGAAAACGAGGAGAGACAAGUGGGACGGACGAAGGUAGCACCCUUCGAGGUGAUCCGCGAGACGUCGGAGAAGCGAUUCGGUUCGUUGAAGAGGCGGAGCAAUCCGUUCACCUGAAAUAAGAUGGUUUUCGUUAGGAGCUAGUUGAUACAAAGACAUUUAUUAGCGACGCUGGAACAGAUAAAGCGCAUCGAUAUGAUAUAAUUGAUUAAUUCAUUGUGUAUAUUAUAGAGAUACUGAUAAAUAUCGGUAAACAUCUAUACACGCAAAAUUAUUAAUUGGUUUGAGAGUUUUAUUAUGUGUAUGCACACAUACGCAUAACACAUGUUACUAACAACGUUAGCAAGAUAUUAAUCUGGGUCUAAAAAUGUCAUGAUAAAAUCUCCAAUACUGAUAAAUCAGUCGAUAUACAGGUUGUACAUACAUAGAUAACGUUUGCGUUUAAAGCAACUUGCUUUUCAGAUGCGCAAAUAUAUACGUCAGAGUGAAAUAUUGAGUGAAUAAAGCGCUAUGCCAGUCUUAUAUUAUUUUUGGAAUGUGCGUUUGUGAAAAAAUAUAAUCUGGAAAAAUGUAAUUUAUUUAUUAGAAGUCUUAUGAAAGAUAUUGCAAAAAAAUUAUUCGAUUCAAAGUUUUCUCUAUGGUUAAGCCAAAUAUUUAACGCUACAGUAUUUAUUAAAAACUUUUUUUAAUGCUUAAAUUGCCCUCAAAUUAACAAAGCUAUGCAAAUCAUGAUUAAUGUCAUUUUUGACGCUCGUGUACUUUUUUUUCACAAACGUCGACAAUGUGAUAGCAGCGAGUGUAGCUGCAUAUGUUUAAAUCAGAAGGCAUAUAGCAUGAGCAAAUAUAUUUAUAUGCACACAUGCCUAACUCACAACAAGUGAUGGGUCUGUAAAACGUGAUUUACACUAAUGUCAGAAAGUAUUAAUUCAUAUACUAUCACUUUUUAAUUACUUUUUGCAUUUUUAGAAAAUUUACACAACCAAGACAGAUAGCCAUAAGAAAUUGACGAAAAAAGACAUUAAAUUAAAGAAAAUUGUUGAUUUUUUAAAUGAAGAAAGCGAGAGAGAGAGAGAGAGAGAGAGAGAGAGAGAGAGAGAGAGAGAGAGACGUCCCAACUUAUGUUUUAACAUGAAACCAGGUUGUGGAACUUGGCAGCUCGAUACCAAAAAUGAUAAAAAUAAGUAGAGAAAGCUCGUGCAUCUAUUUUUGCAGCUAAGUCUUUUCACUACGUUUGUACUUUAAAAAUUUGUAGAUUUCUACUAGUACAAUCUACUAGUUCAUACAAAGCAAUUUUUCUAAGAAAGUUGAUCUGUACUAUAUACACACAUAUAUAUAUAUAUAUCUGUAAUUCGUCGCUGUCUAGCGUCGGUGAGAGAGAAAAUUUUUAUCUUAUAUAUUUAUGGUCUCUUAAUGAAGAGAGAUUAUAGCAGAGUAUUCUUUACUAAGAUUAUGAUAUAAUGAAUGAUUUACAGAAAUUAGUGUUACAAAGGCGCAGAUAAUAGCAUUGAAGCGAUUCGUAAUAUUUGUCAUAAAGAAGCGAAAACCGGUUUGCCUAAAGAAUUGGCCUUAUCGUGUAAGACUGACUUAUUGUUUAACAGUCUCGAUUAACGUUUACAUUACGUAAAACGGCUAUGUUUCUUUAUAAAUGAUCACUUAUAAUCCGACAACUCUACUGUUUAUAAACACAAUUGUUCGAAAUGAAUAACGCGGUUGUCAUGUCCAUCAGGAUCGAGAUUGUUAAAUAAAAUGUACGAAAAGUAGACACGAUACUAGUACUUAGUAUGUCAGUACUAGUAAGAAUACUUAUCAAUGUUAAUUUCUGUCUCACAUUGAGAGAGAAAGAGAGAGAGAAUCUGCAUGUGUUAAAAUUAUUCGAUUUCAGCAACCGAAUUUUAAUACGUUUUAUAUAACUUCGGAAAUUAUUUUAACACUAAAUUUUAUACUGCUAAUAUACUGCGCCUUUUUAAUCAACUCUACGGACAAAAUCUAGUUCAAUGUAAAAAGAUGUGACAAUAUUAUUAAAAAAAUGUUUGUAAUCUAUAUGUUUUUAUGCACACACACACACACACACACACGCGCGCGCGCAUAUAUAUAUAUAUAUAUAUAUAUAUAUAUAUAUAUAUAAAUGUAACAUAACUUGUAGAUAUUAGCUUAUAUGAUUAGGUGCCUUCCUUUAUCGAGUAGCUUUCAAGCUUGCAAGUCUUUGCUGUUGUGUAGCAUAAAAGCUGAUAGUAUUAUAAGAUAAACAGAGUCAAUUGUAUUUGUAUAUGUAAGGGAUAGUGUAUCUGAGAAAUUGUUUUCUGUUUAGUUCCUAUUAUGGUGAGAUGUAUGUAAUGUAUAGAAAGAAUUAAAAAAUGAUUUUAACGUCGCCAUCAACAAAAGCAAGAGUGAUUUAUGCAAAUAGGGAAUUAAACGUUAAAUUUCAGUAAGCCAAUUCGACGAAUUCGGCGAGAAGUUAUAAUUUAAAUGUAUAUUUGUUGAACAUACGGAAAAGAAAAAAAUCGUUAUUCCACAAGCCUUAAAAUAAUAUACUCCAUCAUUCUAUGCACCAUGUAAAAUAGAACUAGCUAGGUGCUAAAAAAUAUACCGAGCAUUUUUAAUUUAACAACCAGAAGAGUGUAAUUCGUUUAUGUAAAUUUUUACAACUCUACGUAGUAUAGAUAUGAUACAUUCCUUCUUUGAAUUUUCAUAUAUUAUUUAUUAUACAGUUGGUUUUUAUAGAGGUUUUUCCCUUCGUUUUCUCAUAUAUACAUGUGCGGGAGAUAAAAUCAAUGUCCUAAUUGUGUGUGUUGGAAAGUUUUGCGGAUACUUUACUAGUUAUAUUUGAAUUUCAUCACUGCCUGCACUAACAGGUGUUUCAGUAUUUUUUCUUAUCAUUUAUUAUGAUUAAUAACAAUGUAAUUAUCAUGUUUCAGAAAAAUUUAAUGUGAAAGAAAUUAUGUGUUUAUGUUAAAUUUAACAGUGCAGUUUGGAGAUAAAAAAUAUUGUUCCAACGUGUACACAAUGUAAUAUAAUAAUGAAAACAGUGUAAAAAUGUAUAAAGAGAAUGCAAUUGUAUAGAAUACAAGAGAGAGAAAGACGCGAUUUAUUUUCCUCGGCAGGUCGGACGAGUCUUUAAUUUUUUGAUAUUAGGCAUACAAGAAAAAUAGUUAAUGAAAACACUAUCUCUGUAUAAAAUACAUAAAUAAAAUGUAUACUAU